CUUUCCUGGAGGGACAGGCCGGCCAGUAGGCAGCAGGGCGGGGCGAGAGGUCGGCCGAAGGACUGGCGGAGGGGGAGGGGAGAGAGGAAGGUGUGGUCACGUGCGCCGGCGCCCGGAUCACGUGGUGGAGCGCCGGGGUGGAGGGACGCGGGUCGCGAGUUUUCCUAAGGGAAGAGUGAGGCGGGGGGACUUGGAGGCGGCGGCGGCGCUGACAAUGAGUUUUCUCGGAGGCUUUUUUGGUCCUAUUUGUGAGAUUGACAUUGUCCUUAACGAUGGGGAAACGAGGAAGAUGGCUGAGAUGAAAACUGAAGAUGGCAAAGUAGAAAAACACUAUCUCUUCUAUGAUGGAGAGUCUGUUUCAGGAAAGGUAAACCUAGCCUUUAAGCAACCUGGAAAGAGGCUAGAGCACCAAGGAAUUAGAAUUGAAUUUGUAGGUCAAAUUGAACUGUUCAAUGACAAGAGUAAUACUCAUGAAUUUGUAAACCUAGUGAAAGAACUAGCCUUACCUGGAGAACUGACUCAGAGCAGAAGUUAUGAUUUUGAAUUUAUGCAAGUUGAAAAGCCUUAUGAAUCUUACAUCGGUGCCAACGUCCGCUUGAGGUAUUUUCUUAAGGUGACAAUAGUGAGAAGACUGACAGACUUGGUGAAAGAGUAUGAUCUCAUUGUUCACCAACUUGCCACCUAUCCUGAUGUUAACAACUCUAUUAAAAUGGAAGUGGGCAUUGAAGAUUGUCUACAUAUAGAAUUUGAAUAUAAUAAAUCAAAUUUAUAUAUAAAAAUACAUAUCUUGUAUAAUAUAUAAAGUUUGAAAACAGGAAAAAGGUAGAAGGCUGGAAAUCAUAUUCUGGAAAUAUUUAAAUUAAUACCCUUUAUUCUUACACUAGGACCUAGUACUACAACUGAAACAGAGACUAUUGCCAAAUAUGAAAUAAUGGAUGGUGCACCAGUAAAAGGUGAAUCCAUUCCAAUUCGACUAUUUUUAGCAGGAUAUGACCCAACACCAACAAUGAGAGACGUGAACAAAAAAUUUUCAGUAAGGUACUUUUUGAAUCUAGUGCUUGUUGACGAGGAAGACAGAAGGUACUUCAAGCAGCAGGAAAUCAUCUUGUGGAGAAAAGCUCCUGAAAAACUGAGGAAACAGAGAACGAACUUUCACCAGCGAUUCGAAUCUCCAGAACAGGCAUCUGCUGAACAGCCUGAAAUGUGAACUGAAUUAGGAAGAGAAAAGGAGAAAAUCCAUAUCCGUUGAGAUUAGUUUCAGCAGGUUAAAGAUGGUUGCAGCAUGUGUGGGGGAAGAGGCCAAAACUACAUAUGUAAUAGUCUUCCUUUAUCUUACAGUGCUGCAUUUAUUUUACAGUAUAACUAAAUGUUCAUGUAUAAACAUUUUCAAAAGUGCUUUCUUUGAAACACUGGAAAUUUCCUAAGCUGCCUUUAUUUUAUUUUUUAACCACACACUUUGAUGAUAAGCACUCAAGAUAUUGCAUCAGCAUAAACAUUAAAGAUUUUCAUUUGAAUAGGA